UAUUUUUCUUCAUAGCUAUGCUUCUUAAUAGGGAUAAUGCUAGGUUUGCUGUUGGUGUUAUUGGGAAUAUCAUUGCACUCAUCUUGUUCUUGUCACCCUUGACGACUUUCGUUCGUAUAUGGAAAAGCAAAUCUGUGGAGCAAUUUUCUCCAAUUCCAUACCUAGCCACAUUUAUCAAUUGUGGGCUUUGGGUGAUGUACGGUCUCCCAUGGGUCACACCUAACAGUCUUUUAGUUAUAACUAUUAACGGAACCGGUCUAGGCAUCGAGAUCGUGUACCUUACGCUGUUUUUAUUGUACUCGGAUCGUAAGCAAAGGACGAAAGUUAUUAUAAUCGUCAUCGUUGAGAUUAUUUUUGUUGUUGCACUUGGCUUUGUUGUUCUAACUUUUGUCCAUGAACCCAAGAAAAGGGCAGCUAUUGUUGGUAGCAUUUGCAUGGUGGGCAACAUUAUGAUGUAUGCUGCUCCUUUGUCUGUCAUGAAACUGGUGAUCAAGACCAAAAGUGUGGAGUACAUGCCUUUCUUCCUUUCACUUUUCUCAUUUCUCAAUGGUGUGAGUUGGACUUCUUAUGCCCUCAUCCGUUUUGAUGCCUACAUUCUUGCACCUAAUUCAAUGGGAACCCUUCUUGGGCUGGCCCAAUUGCUGAUUUAUGCUGCAUUUUACAAGUCCACUAAGAGACAGAUGGCAGCAAGAGAGGCUAAAGGAGAAAUGGUUAUGACUGAAAAGUCUGUUUCGGGUCGGGUGGCCCAAAACCCGAGAAAUGAUUCUAGAGUUUAAGUUUGGGGUUUCUGAAAGCCCAUUUAACUUUUCUAUCUUGAUGUUUGGGCCCAACUUUUGUUUUUCAUGACUCCUUAUUAGAACACCCACCCCCUCAACCCCACCACCCCACCGAAGGUACCCCUUACAAUAUGUAAGAAAGAUAGAAAUAUCCUAUAAAUGAAAUUAAGCUGAAAAUCCAACAGUUUUCAUUAUAGAAAGUUGUUGUUUUCUUUUGGUUAUAUAAUCAUGUGAUUUCUGAAUUUAAAACUUGAUAAAUUUUUUCUGAUUGGAGGAGUGAUCCUACUUUAUGUCAAUAAACACAUUAUUUUAGCCAACA